AUCCGCGCUCGACGUGCGGGCUGCAGGCGCACAUGCUGCCGGUGUGCGUAACGCCCCGCGUGCCCUUCUACCUGUGAUUCCUGCGCUGCUGUGCGUGGCUAUGACAUGGCAGAACUUCUUCUUGGAGAGUCCAAACUAGAACAGUUUUUGAAGGAAAAUGCUCUUAAGCAGAACAGUAGUCCGCGGGGCCCCCGGCCAAAGCUAACUGAGGUCAGGAAGCAUCUAACAGCAGCACUUGAUAGAGGAAACCUAAAGCCAGAAUUCUUACAAGAGGCUAACCUACUUAUGGCCAAAUUGAACUAUGUGGAAGGUGAUUACAAGGAAGCUCUGAACACAUAUGCCAGAGUUGGAGUUGAUGAUUUGCAGCUAGCUGCUGUGCCACCGUAUAGGUUACGGAUGAUUGCUGAAGCAUACUCUACUAAAGGUCUCUGUCUUGAGAAGCUGCCAAUUUCUUCUUCAGCUAGCAACCUCCAUGUGGACCGUGAACAAGAAAUUGUUACGUGCUAUGAGAAAGCUGGGGAUAUUGCUCUUUUAUACCUUCAGGAGAUAGAAAGGGUAAUUAAUACUAACAUACAAAACAGAAGCCCUAAGCCAGGGCCUACUACACAUGAACAGGAACUUGGCUUUUUCUUGGAAACAGGACUACAGAGGGCACAUGUUUUAUAUUUCAAGAAUGGGAACUUGACAAGAGGAGUUGGUAGAUUUAGAGAAUUACUAAGAGCUGUUGAAACAAGAACUACACAAAAUCUGCGAAUGACGAUAGCAAGACAACUGGCUGAAAUUUUGUUACGAGGCAUGUGUGAACAGAGUUAUUGGAAUCCACUGGAAGAUCCUCCUCACCAAUCGCCAUUAGAUGAUCCACUUCGGAAAGGUUCAAAUACGAAAAAUUACACACUCAGUAGAAGACCGCGGGUAUACACUGGAGAAAACAUCUUUUGUCCUCAAGAAAAUACAGAAGAAGCCUUACUGUUGCUACUUAUUAGUGAAUCUAUGGCUAACCGCGAUGCUGUACUAAGCAGAAUACCAGAACACAAAAAUGAUCGUAUCAUCAGUUUGCAAAGUGCAUCUGUAGUAUAUGAUUUACUUACUAUAGCCUUGGGAAGAAGAGGCCAAUAUGAAAUGCUCUCAGAGUGUUUAGAAAGAGCCAUGAAGUUUGCGUUUGAAGAAUUCCAUCUCUGGUAUCAAUUUGCAUUGUCCUUGAUGGCAGCAGGAAAAUCUGCUCGAGCCGUUAAAGUCUUGAAGGAAUGUAUUCGUUUGAAACCAGAUGAUGCAACUAUUCCUCUCCUUGCUGCAAAGCUCUGUAUGGGAUCUCUCCACUGGUUGGAAGAAGCAGAAAGAUUUGCCAAAACGGUUGUUGAUCUUGGAGACAAAACGUCUGAGUUCAAAGCAAAAGGAUACUUGGCACUAGGAUUGACUUACAGUCUGCAGGCUACUGAUGCAUCUUUGCGAGGGAUGCAAGAGGUCUUGCAGAGAAAGGCUCUUCUUGCAUUUCAGAGGGCUCACAGUUUGUCUCCAACAGAUCAUCUGGCAGCAUUUUACUUGGCACUGCAGCUUGCCAUAUCCAGACAGAUACCAGAAGCUUUGGGUUAUGUUCGUCAGGCUCUGCAGCUACAAGGGGAUGAUGCCAACUCUCUUCAUCUCCUUGCACUUUUGCUAUCAGCCCAGAAACACUACCAUGAUGCUUUGAACAUCAUUGAUAUGGCCUUGAGUGAAUACCCAGAAAAUUUUAUACUACUGUUUACAAAAGUCAAAUUGGAAUCACUGUGCAGAGGCCCAGAUGAAGCACUCCUUACCUGUAAACACAUGCUCCAGAUUUGGAAAUCCUGCUAUAAUCUCACUAACCCAAGUGAUUCUGGACGUGGGAGCAGCCUGUUAGACAGAGCUAUUGCCGAUAGACGACAGCUUAAUACAAUUACAUUACCAGAUUUCAGUGAUCCUGAAACAGCCUCUGAUACUUCCUCAUCUUCUCUCUCAAGAACAGAGUCUCCUCUCCAAGUGUUUGUGUCUUCUCAUCUUCCUCAUCCUAAAUCAGAUACCUUUGUCUGGCCCCAUGCAGCCUCUCCAUGCUGUGACCAAGUUCCUGAGCCCCGUUCACCUUCUCACUGUUCGAUCCAUGCGACUUCAAUAGCAGCUUCCAGAGUGGAGCAAGCAUUGUCUGAAGUUGCUUCAUCUCUGCAAAGCAGUGCCCCUAAACAAGGUCCCCUGCAUCCUUGGAUGACUCUAGCUCAAAUAUGGCUUCAUGCAGCUGAAGUCUACAUAGGAAUUGGGAAGCCUGCUGAGGCCACUGCAUGCACCCAGGAAGCAGCUAAUCUCUUCCCAAUGUCACACUAUGUGCUUUACAUGAGAGGUCAGGUGGCUGAACUUCGUGGAAAUAUUGAUGAAGCCAAACGCUGGUAUGAAGAGGCCUUAUCUAUUAGUCCUACUCAUGUGAAAAGUAUGCAGCGGCUGGCACUGAUACUUCACCAGCUUGGGCGCUACAGCUUGGCCGAGAAGAUUCUCAGAGAUGCUGUGCAGGUGAACUCCACGGCCCACGAGGUCUGGAACGGCCUGGGUGAGGUUCUGCAGGCUCAAGGCAAUGAUGAUGCCGCUACUGAAUGCUUCCUGACGGCACUGGAGCUUGAAGCCAGCAGUCCUGUUGUCCCUUUUACAAUUAUCCCGAGAGUUCUUUGAGAGGAUAUCUUGACCAGCUUAUUUUGGUCUGACUUGGAUGCGAAAACCCAGUGUUUCAGGCUGCCUGGUAACUGAUUAUUUUGAAAAACCUUAGAGCGGCAGGUAACAAACUCAUCUUCUGUGGGAAAGUGGCCAAAACAGUGUCAUGAUACAUUCUGUUGUUAAACUGAGAGGACAGAAUGGCUAACCAGAGCCAAAUCAGUCAUAUCGCCAAUGUUUUUACCCUGGUAGUUUUGAAAGUUCAUUAUAUUGUUCCUGAAAGAUGUGCCAUACUUUGUUAGUGAUACUUGAGUGUUACAUAAAAUUAUAAUGGAACCAACUACCAAACGUAGAAUAAUAUAUCCAAGUUAAAAUUCAGUGGCAGAGCAGACUAUUUUUAACAAGGCUGUUAUGAAAACUGUUUUCUUCCUGCCUCUCAACCUCUUUUGGCCCAAAGUCAAAAUGCGAAUUUUCUGUUUCCAUCUCUAUCUUAGUCCAGGCCAGAGAAUCAGUUGAGUUCUUGUUUUUAGUUGUUAAUAACUGUGAUGUGUGGCUAACUGUUAUCUCUAUUUAGAGCGAAGGCUGAGUACAAGAAUAUUUAUAUUUUACCAAUGUAUGCCUGUUACAAAAAAUAUAUUAGUUAUUUAAGUUUAACUUUUUUAUGUGAAUUCAGAGUUUAUUUAUCAAUGGAAAUAUGUAAAAAGAACCUCAAAUGGAGUAUUUACCGACAUUCCUUAUUCAUGACCCACACUUGGCUAAAUGGGAAGAUUAUGUUAAUAAUAAAAUGAUUUUUAAAUGGAA